AAAAUUUAGAUUGACCCAAAAAAAAUGCUAAUGAAGGAGAGUUGGACUACACAUUGUUGUAAUACGUUCACCUCCCUUGUUGACCUUUCAAGAAAUCCUAUGAAGUGGUUAUUUCCAGUCAUACUAUACUCAUUUAUUUUAUAUCAACUUAGGAUAGUCAGUAGACUCCACCACCUAAUUGUUCCCAUUUCGGGAACCAAUCAAGUCUAUUAUGACAACUCGAAAGGCAUCUGUAAGAAUUAUAUGACCCCGUCUUCGGAGAUGGUGCCAAAUAUUGUUCACUUUGUAUAUGGGUUGGAGAAAAAUCCACCUUUUGGUAUAGUUGAGCAUCUGAUUGUACUAGCGACUAUACGAAGAGUACGACCUGAAAAGGUUUAUUUUCACUAUCACUAUUUACCCAAUGGCACGUGGUGGGAACGUACAAAGCCAUAUUUGGUGUUGAAUCAAGUUGCGUCACCUUUACAGGUAUUUGGGAAGCCACUCAAUCAUGUUGCUCAUAAGGCGGAUGUUGUACGUUUAGAAAUGUUGCUCAAAUAUGGUGGUAUCUAUUUGGACAUGGACGUCUUCCCAUUGAAAAGCUUCGAUGAGUUACGACAUUUUCCUAUGGUUUUGGGUCAAGAAGGACUGGAUGGCUUUAUCGGACUAGCUAACGCAGUCAUUGUCGCACAUUCUUCUUCUUCUUUCCUUCUACAAUGGUUCCUAGAAUAUCGACAUUUUAAUGACUUUGUGUGGAAUUGGUUUUCUGUUCGUUUACCCAAAAUUAUGUCUUUUGAAAUGAGUGAUUCCAUAUGUGUACUGAAUCAUACAGCUUUUUUUGAUCCUUUAUGGACAGAAGAAGGUAUCGAAGAACUUUAUUAUAGAGACCUCGGUCGCAAUUUUUACGACGGUCACUAUGCUGUUCACUUUUGGGGAGCCGAGUUCAAACACGGUUGGGAAAAUUUCACGGUACAAGAUAUAGUCUCUGGCCACGGUGUUUUUCAUCGUUUACUAACAGAUUUUAUAUACGAGUUUGACGAAAGGCAGCAUCUUGAAUUCGUCGAAUACUCUAGCGUAGUCCAAUAGAAGAGCGUAUUACCCUUUCAUCUUUAUAGAAUGCGCGUUAUCCGGAAGUUUUUUUAAACGGAGGAUCAUUCCAGUCAUCGGACAAAUGGAAGCUCAUAUUUUUGGAGGGCCGUAAGGUGGCCAGAUCUAUGACUUAUCGUAUGAGUAUAUUCAAGCUUCCCUUUAUGGCCAUUUUGAGAGAAGAUACCCUUUUCAUAUUCUCGUCUGUCCUAGUAUUUCAUUUUUUCUAGUGAUGUGUCGUGUUGUAUAACUCGAGAAAAUAUCUCUCUCUCUUGUUCGUUAGUAAACCUUUCAUUUCCAAUCGUGUGGCUCUCAAUUAUUCUUCGCC